AAACAGUUAAAGUGGCCCAAAGUGGCACAAAGUGGCUCGUGCCAUUACUUUGGAGCUUUAGCUGAAUGUCGACUUUCUUAAGCAAAGUCGUGACGUGGUCCAACAAUUGGAAGUACAAUAAGCAAUAGGCAAUAGUCAAUAUAAUACUUCAUCGCCAUCUCUCCUAACCCCCUACCCCCCCGAAACGUCCGAAUACGUCUCGAAUUGAAAAAUGGCUUUGCCUUGGGUAAAAAGGCUCGAAGAUUGCGCCGACUACUCUCAAGUAGUUGAGCCAUACCUACCACAACUCUACGAACUCCCUGGAAAGAUAGUCCAUGCCGCGUCGAGUCACGGAUCCUUCGUCGAAUUAUACAAAAAUACCAACCCGUUCAUAUCGGGGCUUGGUUUUUCUAUAUUCCUCGGUGCCGUCUUUUUAAUCGUAUCCGAAAUCAAUCGUAAUUACUCCCAGGUUGAUCGCAUGUGGAGUCUAUUGCCAACAAUAUACAAUGCACAUUUUGCUGUUUGGUCUCAUCUGAAUGGCCUUCCAAGCCAAAGGCUUGACCUUGUGUUAUUAUGGAGUGCAACGUGGAGCGCUCGGUUGACGUACAAUUACUUCCGGAAAGGUGGUUAUAAUGUUGGUUCGGAGGACUAUAGAUGGGAAAUAAUUCGGAGCAAAGUACACCCGGUGCUGUUUUUCUUAUUAAAUAUCACUUUCAUCUCCUUCAUUCAGAGCAUAUUGCUCUUCUUCCUCGCAGCGCCGACAUACAUUAUCCUCCUAUCGUCAAACUUUGAACGAGAGGUCACAGCGGCAGAUAUAGCUUUCACGGCAGUCCAGCUCGGACUCAUACUCUCCGAAUGGUUUAGCGACCAGCAACAAUGGGACUACCAGCUAGCCAAAAAGGAAUACCAACAGACAGCCAAGGUGCCACGGGGCUGCGGUUUUACCCAAGAAGACCUUGAUCGAGGUUUCAUCACUUCCGGGUUAUGGGCUUACUGCAGGCAUCCUAACUUUGCAGCCGAGCAGACUAUCUGGUUCAUUUUAUACCAAUGGAGCUGUUACGCAAGCAAGACCCUCUACAGCUGGGCAGGUCUAGGCCCUCUGUUUCUAAUCAUGAUAUUUCAGGGGUCGACCUGGCUUACGGAAUUGAUCAGCUCCGGAAAGUACGCAGAGUACAAAUUUUACCAACGACAAGUCGGGGCUCACAUACCCAGCUUCACUCCGUACAAAACUCCGACGCCGAAAGUUAUUCGGACAAGCGAGUUAGCAAAGCGACUGAAGGCAAAGCAAAAGUAAAAGGUGCUCCAAUAUGUAAUCACUGGCAGAUGGCGUAGGCUGGAUGCGCUCAUAUGUGCAUACAAGGAUGGUCCCACGACUGCAUAAGUUUGCGGUCUACUGCAGUAUGACGCUGAUAUACAACCUCAUUUAGAAGAUUGAAGCUUCAUCACGAUAAUCUAUUUGUCCUCGUAAGAUGUCCUCGUAAGAUGCGGGGGUCCUGAUGCAUGGGAGUAGGUAGUUGGUCUUAAAUAGACUAUUUUACAGAGUACCGAUUGUUUUAUUC